AAACCGUCAUCGAAAAGACACUCGACAGGUUUUUCGAGUCACUGAUUCGUCUCGACACUGUCCACAUCGCCACCUGCUUUUCAUCCAGCGUCGAUUGCGCUGUUCCAGUUUCGUUUUCAACGGUUCGUCGCUCUCCCGGCUUCUCGUCAGCUGUCUCGAAACCUCGCGGUCACUCGUUUCUCUGAAAUUGCGACAUUUCCUCGACAACUUCAGGCGCAGGGACUUCGAUUUCUCGAGUCUCUCUGUCGCUUCGGUCGAGGAUUAACAGGCCAGCGCUGUGUCGGACGAACGUCGGAGGUUAGAGCGAGAGGCGAGAAAUAUUUUCUCCCUCAUUUUUUUCCUGGGCUCUCCAAAGAGCUCCUCUCUCUCUGUCGCUUCGGCGCCCUGAGUCGCUCUCGAUUCGCCCUCGCUGUUUGAGGAGUCCAUUCUUUUUGAAAUGAGUCUCGAAACAAGACGAUGCUGUACUUGCGGUGUUUCUCAUGGUUUUCGGAAAAUGAGGAGUCCACAGAGAGUCCUUCCCGCGUUCUCUCUGGUUCCUGCUUCUUGCCUGUCUCGGCCUUCUCUCAUUUGCCCUCUUGCUGCGGUCUCCAGCUCAUUUUGUAAAUCGUCGCUUCCUUCCCUCGCCUCUCGUUCUUCGUCGUCUGUGCCUCUCCUGCCUCCUCAGCUUCCAAGAAAUGCUUUCCUCGCUUGUCAGAGACACAGCUUCUCUCGGUUUCCCGGCGAAGCGAGGGAACCAGCUGCAGAAACUCGGCUGCAAGCGACGCCGGCCGACCCCCACACCGGGCGUUCGUACACCGCGUCGACUCGGUCUUGGCAGCUUUGGGGUCUCCGGUCUGCUCCGCCGUUUUCGGAUGGAAAAGACGGCUCCAUGCGGGGACUUCCUGGACGUCUUUCUCUUCGAUUGCUUGCGACUUCUCGUCUUCGGAACCUCGCCGCAAUCGACUCUCGCGAAACACCGCGCACCGCUCGAGGCGUUGCUGGACUUCUUCUUCGUCUAAAGUGGCACAACAGCCUGCAUGCCUCAGGGCGGCCCAGCGCAGAACUGCGUCCUCACUCUCUCCUGGCGUCUCUCGCACCCUCUGAAGGCGCACCCCGUUCGGCGCCCUCGGCCCGCGGACGCGAAGAGGACUGGGAGGCUCUGUUGAAAGAAACUUAUCUUCUGCUUCCACAGAUGAAGGCGGGGGAAGCCGCGGAGGCAGCGUACCUGGUCGCCACAACGUACGAGUCAGGCAAGGGCGUCGAGGACAAGCAGGAAGUCCCCAUCGAACUCAUCAAGGCUCUCCUCGUCCACGUUCUUCAGCAGGAUCCUGCGAGGAACCUCUCCCCUGUCGCUCUUCACAGGUUUCUACGCGUCUCAGCUCUCUUCCCGCAUGCAGCGCAUCGCGGUUUGCUGGAGGAACUGGCUGCGACUCUCGCACGACGCAACCGUCACUUCUCCGUCACUUCUCUCCAGCUGCUUGCAGAAGACUUCUCUUCUUGCUUCCUCCCCGGCUUCCAUCCUCUCUUCCUCUCGAUCGCUGAGCACCUCGUCGCGAGCAACCGUCGCGGCGGCGAGGGCGCCUGCCGGAGCUCUUCUUCUCGUCAACGAACCAGAGCUACUGAGACUGCUGCAGACGGACAAACAGAAGGACUCGCAGAUGGUCCAGACUCAAAGGCAAACGACGCUGAGGGAGAGGAGGCAGUUGGAGAAGGAGAAAACAGAAAGCUACGACGCGGAGAACACCCACCACGAUUCGUCAAGGAAAAGGAAGAUGCCCUCACUGCAACGCAUGCCUGCUUCUUCUUCAAUUCAUACUCGAGAACAAAUUGCCGUCCUCCUCAGUUUUUCCAGCUUCUUUCGGACUCCAUCGAAGAGCACCUGGAGGCUCUGCACCGGAUGCAGUUCGCUUGCGGAGAAUCUGCACCUGACCGCCUCAGCUUCUCGAUUCUCGCUCUCGGCCUCAAGGGCAUGGCCAGCUGUGACUUCCAGCCUUCGAGUGACUUUGUUCGCGUCGCCGGAGACCUUGUUGUCGCCUACGUCACUUCCCCCGAGGCCUCCGUUCUCCAUCAACCUGGCGAAAAAGUCGACACGAAGAGUCUCCUUCGUGCUCUCACCUUCUUCUGCAAAGCUCGGCCUCUCUCGCUCUCUUGUUCCUCUCCUCUGUCGUCUUCUCCUCCCCUCUCUUCGUCUCGGCAUGCAACUCUGGGUCCGUCGUCCGGCUUCCCAGUCUCGUCCUCGACUUCGACGUUGUCUGCCGUUCCUCCUUCCGAUGCGUCUCCUGCAGACAGUCCAGUUUUCCAGAUCGCCGCCUUUCUGACUGAGAAGCUACCUCUCGACGCUUUCUGUGCUGACGACCUCGCUGACUUGAGUGGCGCCGUCCGGUGUAUAGACACGUUUCUACUCUCCGUGGUCUCUCCGCAGUCUCUCGAUCUUCUUCUUCGACAACUUGGAGAGGGCGUCCAAGGGUCGCAGAGCCUUCCAGAUGGCCUCGAUGUCAUCCCCGCGUCUUCGACAGCAAGGGAGAUUCGCCACCCACCGCCUUCUCCAUCUCCUCUCCCGUCUGCUUCUCCGUCGCGUUCGUCUUCGCCUGCUGUGCUCUCAGAGGUCCCUGCCCCCCUGUGCAUCUGGCUGCGUCUCUACAAGCGUCUCCAGGAUCGCUUUCUCUCUCUGCUGAAACUGCAUCUCUCGAAUCUGCACCCGUUCCAACGCAUCUCGAUUCUUGACCAGAUGCUCUCGACCUCCGCCUUCUUUCCGCCUGAGAGCAAGCGACCUCCCAAGCAUCCCUCUCUCCUCCUCUCCCUCAAAAGUAUCUCUCAGCUCCCCCGGCGAACCGCUCAGCCCAGAGAGACAGAGACGGCUGCACCGCAGACUCCCGCGCCUCCUGAUCGGCGACAGCAGUCCAAAGGCGACGCAUCUUCGUCCCAAGAGUCUGUUCCACCCCACAGUUCGUCUUGCCAGGCACCGCCGGCUCUGUCUCCGGCACUGGUGUCUCUUUUGAGGAGCAUUUACUAUCGGCUGGCGUCCCUCAAUUUGCGGCUUCUGUCUCUGCUUAUGGCUUCGCUCCACGGACUCCAUUUUUCGCAUCAAGGUCCCUACGCGCCCUCUCGCACUCAGCAACUCUGCGCUCCACACAAGAAAGAUGUGCAUUGGGCGAACGCGUUUCUCCACAUCAUUGGCCGCGAAGGCAUGCGAAAAGCGGGUUCAGCAACUCCCGAAGAAAUGGCCGAGUUCCUCCUCAGAUACUACGUUGACCUCGAGAGCUUUGACGUCUGCAUCGAGCCCCUGACGUUCUACCUGGAAAAAAUGGCCAUGCUUCACAACGCGCGGCCUCUGCCCCCAUGCGUCCUCGACGCUCUCGCCGUGACUCUUCAAGCGGCCUCUCGUACCCCACAAGGUCCCGCAGCCCUGCAGGCGUUGCCUGAGCGCGCCUACGCGUUUGUGGAGACGCUGACAAGGAGACAGUGUGUGGGUCUGUGAUGGCUUUGCGUCCUCCCCCCCGCGGUGGCCGGUGAGCACCGCGCUCAUCUGGAGCUCGCAUGGAAACUCGCGAGUGCCAUCUCAGGGGCAUUCGGCGAGUCGCGCUCUCCUCGCAGCUCCUGGAGGGUCCAGAGGGCUUCGGCAUGUCGCUGUCCAGUCCUCUUUGAACGAUUCGUGAAGUCAAGAUUCCCCCUUCUUUCGACAGUUUUGGGGGAGGCCUACUGUGGACGUAUGCCCGUUUGCCGCUCCUCGGUCAGGCAUGUUUUCUGUCUCUGUUCGACGCACGGGUGUGCAUGCGUAAAACGCGUUGAUGAAAAGGGAUGGUCUGCAAAAGCACAGCGGCAGAUCUGGUCUCCGUCUUCCCUCGUCUCUUUGCUCUUGCCUGUGGUCGUCGGCGUCUCUCUUCUCAGGGGUGCGAGCCGUCUUCGGUGUUGCCUCUUAGCAAGUGACGGAGAAGGCACCUUCCAGUUUCUUCUUGGUCUCUCCGCUCUCGUAUCCAUCUGUCUCUCGCAAAACCGAUAACGCGAGCUAGACGAAACUGUAGCGCGUUCUGUGUGGAAGGGGGAAGGUAACAGAAGCUGG